AUGAGUGGACCUAGCAACUACAACCCUGUGGAUGACCCUUGGGCUCGAUACAACGAGCUACAAGGACGUGCUGGACCUAACCCUUCGAAUGCUGGUGUUCAAGGUUUUGCAGAUGCAUCUACGAGGGCUGUACCUCAGUUUCAACCUAUGCUACAGCAUCCGAAUGGAUCACAGUCACAGCAUCAGAUGUUUCAUCCUGGUUUCUCAAUGCCGAUUACAGCAGCAACUGGCGGGACGGUUUACAGAACUGUAGGUCCUAGCCAGGCCAAUCCUGGUUUUGGUGCUGCAGCCUUUUCUUCUGCCUUAGGCCAAGGGACAGGCCAAGCAUCAACUUCGGGAUCUAUGAAGAGCUCGGCAUUUGACUUACUGGGUAAUGCAAGGCCACAAGGCCAUAUGCAGCAGCAAGGUUUUGACCCAAUGAGCCCAAGUAUGCCUUCAAACCCUGCGCACUCCAAUCAGAUUCUUUCCCAAGCUUUGCAUCAAGCCAUUACAGGUGAAAAGCGUUCCAUACCAGUUUGGAAUGGUCACCCGAGCACCCUUCGCUCGUGGUUGAAGUUGCUGGCUUUGUGGGAGCAUGAAUCUCAGAUGCCGCUGGAACGUAGAGGAGUCAAAUUGCUUCAGAGCUUUGCAGAAGGUUCUGAACCUCGGCGCAUCGCUGACACUGUGCCGAUGCAGACCCUUUUGUCUCCUCAGGGUUACAGUGCAGUUUUGAGUGCAAUAUAUGACAAGUACUUUCCAUACCUUGAAGCUUCUGCGCCAAAGGCAAUUGACAGGUUUCUGUUUGAAGGUGAACGACAGAAGUCUGAAAGUUUUACAGCUUUCAUUGCCUCCAAGCAGUUGGCUAGACAGGAGAUGGAAACUCAAAUGGGAGAAACAAUUUCAGACAGACUGUGUGGUCGCAUCCUUUUGAGACAAGCUGGUUUGAGUGAUUUUCAACGGGAGAUGCUCAUGCUACGUGGACCAGUUCUUCGAACGUUUGACGAAGUUGCUUCAAUGCUGCGAACAUUGGAUCGUCCGGAGAUGCUUGCAAAAGCUCAAGGAUCCAAUGCAGCAACUUGUAACUUUGCAACUUUUGGAGAUGAUGCUGGCGAGGUUGAGGAGCACGAGCACCUUGAGAAUGACGAGGACGAUUCAACUGGCUCCUCAUCACAGGAUGAGGAUGGAAACCCAUUUGUCUACUUUGAGGACAAGACUUACACUGAAAAUGAGAGCAUGGAAAUCCUGGCGUACCAUAGCGCCUACAGAGAUGUGAGAAAGGAGAUGCAGAAAAGAAGGAAUGAGCGUGGCUAUGUGAAGCGCUCCAAUGAUUCUGGAAAAGGCCGUGGGAAACGCAGUCACAAAGUUUCCAAAGGUUUUGGCAAAGGGAAAUCAAAGUUUUCCAAAGGUUCCAAGGUGUUGAAGUCCUACGGGGAUGAUUUGAUGUUGAUGAUUUUUCAUACAGUGCAAUGUCGUGGCCAUGAGGCAUUGGUUGACACAGCAGCCGAAGAGGGCGUCAUAGGAGAUGUUGCUUUUGCUGAGCUGGAGCGAGAGCUCAACCGUCGAGGCCUUCGACCAGUUUGGCAACCUCAGCAAGAACCUCUUCCAGGUGCUGGUGGAAUUGGUGGUGCAGCAGUUGUGAAAGGCGUGGUGAACGUGCCUCUUGGUGUUGCUGGCACCAAUGGCGUUUUGCCUUUCACAGUUCUUCAAGAUGGACCCAAUCAUAGGACACCACCUUUGCUUCCAAUUGCCUGGCUUGAAAGUGUUGGAGCCACCAUUGACUGUCAAAAUGAUCAACUGAUCCUUCAAGAUGGUUCUGCAACCCCCAUGAGAAAGCUGCCUACAAAACAUAGAGCGGUGGACAUCAUGAAUUUUUCUACAGAUGGAUGGGAUCUACCCCGAAACCUUCGAAGAGACCCAGAUGUGGAUCCAUUUGUUUUGCCACCGCAGCCUCAGAUGUUUGCAGCAGUUUUGCAGCAGCCGGACCAGAACAAGGUCUUGGUCUACCUCUUGGUGGAUGACAAGAUGAACCUCUUGAUGGAGUUGCCGGUCCAGAACCGCAUGGUGGUGCCAUCAGACUGCCCUGGACUUCAAGAUCCAGAAACUUUGGAGCCGGAAAGAUUGACCCAUAUCUUUUCGGAAGGGCGACACCGAGUCAUCAGAGACUUUUGGAAAGAUCGACAUGCAAAGAGGGCCACACAGGCUCCUUGGUAUGGUGCUGUUGUGUUUGCUUCGAAACAGCAUUUGAUAGCACCAGCCGAUGACUCCAAUGCUACGCCCAUUCAGGCGGACAGAUCAUCGAGAAUGGCCUUUCCUGGACAUAUGUCUCACGAUGUUUCACAGGCACCAGCAGCCUCAUCAUCCAGUUCGAGCUCAAGAUGGGCUGACAACGCUCGUCGUGAAUAUGGCGGCAAAAGGGCAUCAAAGACGUUUUGUCAACCAAGUUGUGCUCACGAAGGGCAUCGUCAAAUGGCAUCGCUGUGUCAGUCUGUUCGGAAGCAGAUGCAGAUGGAGGACCCCGAACCGCAGCAGAAGCCCAAGCAGAACAAGCUUCUGGGAUGGCGUCGGGUGGUCCUAGCGUUGCUGACUUUGAUGGCAACCACGCGAUCAGAGAUGGUCAUGGAGUACCUGAUCAGCAAGCGUGGCACGAUGGCCAUCGAAGACAUGGAGGAGAAAAAGAAGGACCUGACGGGCCGCAAAAAGAAGGAUCCAGACUCAAAGAUCCGCCAAGCAAUUGGCAAACCUCUCAACCGGUCCCAAGCCCAAAAGAAGUGGAAUCGGGAGGUGAGCAGUUGUGCUCACGAGGAGGAGUAUCUACGUCACAGAGCUGGCAAAGGUCACUUUUGGUACACAUGCCUUCAAUGUGGAGGACGUUGGGAACGAUUGGAAACAACCUCUUCAAGUUCAACACAGGUGGUUCAGACCACGGAGUCCAACUACCCAACGUACCUACCACCGCCAAGAAGCAGACCAGAUUUGCCAACCCAGAAGGUGACGGUGAUCAACGAGGCCCAGUCCAUGUCAGCAGGCGAACAGUUGCCUUUGACCAAUCACCUGAAAGCCCGUGGCCGAACCUCAGACAGGCUGACUGGCCUGAACCCAAUGCAGAGAUCAAAGACUCCGGUGGUGACUCAUGGAAGUUUGGAGGGUCGUGCCAGAGAGAUGUUCGAGCUGGCCAGCGACUCAGAGAACCCGAUUUACGAGGACGUUCCAAUGGAGUUCACCGAGGAGGAGAUCGCACGGCUGAAUGCCGAGGCCCGGGAAGAGAUUUUCUUCGGUGUGAUGGGCACCGAAUACAACUUUGUGACAGCCUUGGAAAGAGAGCAAUUGGCGUCGACCUCAAAGAUGGCAGCCAUUUUGCUGAUGACUUUUGUUUCCACGUGCGAAGCUUCGUGGAAUAUGCCUGGAAUUCAGUCCUUUGUACAAUGCCCGUACUGGUCGGGCCAGCCCCAACAUAUGUUUCAAAGAACUUCCGAGAAGGAAGAAUGGGAACCUUUUUCAGUGCAGACUCGGCCGAGAUCCAAAGAACUCCACACCUGCAUGGUCUUUCCACUCAACUCCAACAACUACAACCUUUUUGCCGAAGACUUGGAGUGGCAAUGCAAGCCCCUAUCAUUGCCAAAGGGAGUGAAGAUCUUUUUGCAGAAGUCGGUGAGCACCCAUGUGGAUGUGAUGGAAAUCUACAGCCCACCGAGAGUGACUUUGGAGGCCAAAAAGCAGAACCAAAAGGGUAUCAAACCAAAGUGGCGGGUUGGUCAAGCCUUGGACCUCACCACAGGCUAUGACUUCAAGAAUGCCAAAACCCGCAAACAUGUGAUGAACCUGAUCAAGACCUGGAAGCCUGCCUUGGUGAUCCUCUCACCUCCAUGCACCGUUUUCAGCCCCCUUCGGAAUUUGUCUUCGCCGAAGCGGGAUCCAGAAGUUGUCCAACUGGAGGAGGAGGAAGGUCUUGAACAUUGGGAAUUUGCUCUCGAGAUUGCGGAGGAGCAGGAUGACAACCAGAGGGGAUUUCUUUUGGAGCAUCCAAAGGAAGCAUGGUCAUGGAAGCAUCCUCGUGCUCGCAAGCUGAAGGAGCGCAAAACCGUGUACGAGUUUGUGGUGGACCUUUGCGCCUUCAAGCUGGUCACAAGGGAUGGCAUUUUGGCCAAGAAGCCUACCAUGCUCAUCACCAAUUGUUUUCCUCUGGUUCGCACCUUGCACAAGAGAUGCCAAGGGGGUCAUGUUCACAGAUCCUUGAUGGGUGGACGUGCUGCCGAUGCUGCAAGAUAUACAAGGCCCUUUGUUCAGGCCAUCCUUCGAGGCCUGCGGCAUCACCUCCAGUACCACGGUGUGAUUUUUUGUCAACAAGUUGAGCAAGCAACCAGCCCAGACUUGCCAAUGGAACUUUUUCAUGCCGUGGAACAAGAGUUGAAGGUUUGGUCACAACCGUUGGCCACCUACAUCAAUGAGGAGAGCAAUUUUCAAGAAGAUUUUCAUUGUUUUUUGCAGGGCAAAGCUCAACUCAGCACUUUUCCAUCCAGCAGAAUUUUGGGAGGCGGAAGUGCCCGUGUUCCAACUUUGCGUCGAAAACCCAUGCCAACUUUGGAACAUGAAGCAGAUGAAGGUGAUCCUGUGAUGGAAAAUGUGCAAAACAAGCUACGCCCUUUGGCAGAAUCAGAUGAAAUUCAACAAGCUGCGGAAGAUGCCAUCGAGAAAGUCAGAAAAGAUGGCAAACUCACCAUACCUGCAAACCUUCGCAGGGAAGUUUUCAGACUGCAUAGGAAUUUGGGCCAUCCAGAUUUGUGGACAUUCCUGCGAGCUCUACGACAUGCUCAAGCCAAACCAGAAGUCAUUGCUUGGGUUCGCAGUGAGUUCAAAUGUCCCAUCUGUGAGGCUCGACAACGACCUUCACUACCACGACCUGGACAUUUGGUUCGAAACUUGGAGUUCAACAAUGUGGUUGGGGUCGAUGUCAUUUUCUUUGAUUGGAAGAAUGCAUCAUUGGGCUUGCCCAAUGAGUGUCUUGGUUUGCUCACUGCAGAAUUUCCCGAUUUAAUCGAGGAAGACCUUUUGGAUGCAGUGGCACAGUUGUGCAAUUGGAAGGAAUCCAUGGAGCGUCCUUUCAAGAGGAACAGAGUUGAAAUGGCUCGGCAGGUUCUUUUCAGGCUCCCUUUUCCUGGCAGUACUUCGGUUCAUGAGGAGUUCACACGUUUGACACAGACCAGUGCAAUUUGUAUUCUGGAAAUGCAUACAAAAUGGAAACAGAAGUUGUAUAAGGAAGAUCCACCAGACGCACGUGCAAAGAGGUUUGAUGCAGAGAGGAAGAAAUACUGCCGGUUGCUGGCUCAGAUCAUCAUACAGGCGGGUUUGCCCAUUGUGGAGUUGGUGAAGACCUUAGAUGAUCCACAGACUGGUUGGUUGCAUGUCUUUGCAGCUCGGAGAGGCAACACGUUGAAAAAUCGCUACAAAGUUUGGCGGCCUUUCGAGCAGUGGUUGGAGUGGCACAGGGGGUAUCUUUACCCACGAGGUGUCAAGGACCUCAUCGACUACAUGCAGCACAGGGUGGAUGACGGUUGCGGGAGAUCGGUACCGCAAGCAUUGCACACUGCAUUGGCUCUGAUUGAGCAGACUGGCAGGGUACCUGAGUGUGAUCGCAUCUCAGAUGACCCUCUGUGGCGUGGGCAUGUGAAGAGCUGGACUGCAGAGCUUUCUGAGGAUGCCCCUCCACGGAAGCCGGCUGAGAUGUACACCACGGCCAUCCUUCUUGCCCUGGAACUGACAGUGGUGUGUGAGACGGAGCCUUUAUUUGUCAGGGCACUUGCAUGGGUGGUCCUUUGCAUGGUUUGGGGGGCGAUGCGUUGCGAUGAUGUGCAAACGGUGUUGCCCCACAGGUCCAUGCUCUCCAACUUUGGGCUCAGGCGUGACUACCUUGUCAUGGAGCCCAACAAGAGCUGGACAGGAGUCAAGCGUCGCUUUCUCUCCCCUUCUGGUCUGAGUGCAGCCAUUGGGAGACUUCUGGGGUCGUUGUGCUGUCCUCGGAGGUCCGGAGCCGGUUGGGAGCUCAUGACAGCGAUCCAUCUCCUGCCGGAUGGACUUGAGGCCUUCUUCUCAGGCCACAGCCCGAGGAACUACUUGACCUCGGUGGCGGCAGCCUUGGGGUUUCACAAGGAUGAGAGGGCCUACUUGGGCCGUUGGAGCAUGGGAAUGGUUUCCUCUGAAGAGUAUGUCAGGACAGCUCGGCAGGUGGUGUUCAAGAUCCAGCGCACCGUCAACAAGGCGCUGGUGGAAGGGUGCAACGAACCCUUUCAUGAGGACGAGAACAUUGACAAGCUUGCAGAUUUUGCUGCAGAAGCUGGGGCCAACAGGAAUCGCAUCAAGAAGAGGCACACUGUCCUCACGACCUGGCUGGGAAAGACAUCGCUUGGCGGGACGUAUCCCACUUUGGAGGUCUUGCCAGAAGACUGGGAUCCUGAUGUGCAGGAAGAUGCCGAGGACGUCAUGGCAGAGAAGGUUGCAGCGCAGGUCCUGAAGGAGUCCAUGUCGAAGGCAACCGAGACAAAGUACUUUGUCACCGUCUCAAGGCGUGUGGGCCUGAGGCGACUCCACAUGAGUGGCUGCUUCGUGAGGCCUGACCGCUGUUGCGAGGUGAUCCAUUUGAAUGAAGUCAACCAGGAUGACUUCGAUGCCAUCUGCCAGGCCUGCAAGAAGAGAAUGCUUGCAGAGAGCGGCAAAGAAGUCGCUGAACUUUCAUCGGCGACAGCAUCUUCCUCCUCCACAGCUUCUGUUGCCAGCGAGGCUGAAGUGCCUGUGGGCUGA